AACCGCAGGUUCGCAGCCAGCCGAGCCACGCGUUCGUCCGGCCACCGGCCGGCCGUUCGCCGCCGUCGCUUCGCUAGCUACUUAAUUCGAUCAGCUUCAAAAACGAAGCCGCGCCUUUGUCUUCUUCCACCGCUAGACUGCUCCGCGCGCGUGUUCCUGGCUAUAUAUAUGCCGUUGCCGGCCACCUCGGAUCGCUCUCCAUCUCGCCCAAGCGCACGCGUUCGUUUCCGCCGUCUCGCUGAUUGACCAUGAGUUACUACAGCCAGCAGCCGGCUCCGGUGACCGCAUACCCGCCGCCGCCGCCGCAGGAGGGGUACGUGGUGACGGCGCCGCCGGCGGGGCAGGCGUACAUGGCGGCGCAGGGCAACUACGCGCCGCCGGGGUACCCGGGAAACUUCGAUGUGGGAUCGAACCCUUCGCGGACUGUGCAGACCCAGAGCCGCGGUGAUAAGGCCUUCUUGGAAGGAUGCUGUGCUGCCCUUUGCUGCUGCUGCCUCAUCGACAUGUGCUUCUAGCCUUCUAACUUUCUAAGGCUACAGAGAGUAAAAGUACAUGAA